UGGCCUACCUCUUUUCCGCUUCCUUUAAGAAUUCCAAGUUACCCCUUGCCUCAUGAUGCAGUUUGGUGAUUUCUGUAACUUAUAUCCUAUCCAUUUCCAUCGUUUUUUCCGAAAUUUCCUCUUCAGCUGGAAGUUGGUUUGUUCUCUCCCACAGAAGGCUAUUGCUGAUGGUAUCCGGCCAAUGGAUGUCGAGUAUCUUGCGUAGACAGCUAUUUAUAAAUACUUGUACUUUCUUGAUGAUGGUUGUUGUAGUUCUCCAAAUUUCAGCUCCAUACAGUUGUUCGUAUUGAAUAUUCUCACUUUGAUGUUGGUCGACAGUUGUUUUGAGUUCCAUAUGUUGUUCAAUUGUAGGAAUGUGACCCUUGCUUUGCCGAUCCUCGCCUUAACGUCUGCAUCCGAACCUCCUUGUUCAUCGAUGAUGCUUCCUAGGUAUGUGAAGGGCUCUACAUCUUCCAGAGUUUCGCCAUCAAGAGUGAUUGGAUUGCUGUUCUUCGUUUUGAAUUUGAGGACCUUGGUUUUCCCCUUGUGUAUGCUGAGGCCUACUGAUGCAGAGACUGCUGCUACACUGGCUGUCUUUGUCUGCAUCUGUUCGUGUGUACGUGAUUACUUUUUAAUAAUCAUAAAUUAUUAGUAUAGGGUUGUGGAGAUUGAGAUCAUGAAUGAAUCUAUGUUAG